AGCUAUGAUUGUGCGCCUUGCAACAUGCAAAUAUUGAACUACUGGAAGCGAGUAAAACUGUAAUUGCUUUGGAACUGAUGAAUCAAACCCGUUGUCGAAAUGUCUGCCGUCGAAUACAACAGCCUGAUCUUCGAAAUAAGCCAGAGACUAGAUGAACUGAAUGUGGGAAGGAAGUUGAUCGUUAUGUGUAGAGGGAAGGUGGCACCUCGAAGCGAAGGAAACAUGCAAGAUGCUUUCUCGUUGUUCGUAGAACUGGAAGGAAAAGAAUUUCUAGGACCUGAUAAUCUGGAUGUGUUGAAAGACCUGUUAAAAGGUGUUAAGGAAUGGGCCCUUUUGGAAGAAGCUGAAAAAUUUGAGAACAAAAGAAAAGAAUACGACGUCUUACUUAAGAAGAUCAUUCGAGUACUCGACGAGCUAAAUGAUGUGGAACGGCUCGUCUCAAUUUGCAGAGAAAAGAUACCGCCAGAAAGGCGAGGCAACAUUCCUGAUGUACGAUCAUUGUUUAAGGAGCUGGAAAACAACAACUGUCUGGGAAUUAACCGUCUUGGCAUCUUGAAAGAGAUUUUGGCCCAGACGCAGAAAAGCGAUCUGUUAACUACCGUUAAGGACUUUGAGGAGCGCAGAACUCGGGAAGAUAAGUUUGAAAGGCGAAAAGGUAUGCACCGUGCAUUGAAUGUCUUUUGUGAUUACUUUCAUUUCGUUGUUUGUAUGAGUUUUUCAGUCUUAUGACAGUCCAUCUUCCAUAAUUUUAAGCCUGACUUCGACCCACCUCGAUGGCGUUUGUGUAUGUGCGAUUUAAAACCUUACUUGAACUGUUUUUUUUUUAGCACGAGCAGCUGCUAUUGUUUCGGCGGCCAGGGAUAAUUUGACUGGAGGUGAGUUUUAGUACAGUUAAAUCAACAAUUACAAACGCAUGAAAUGUAGUAUUGUAGUAUUGUCUGGGGUAAUUGCGGCAAAACGCUCUCUGAAAGAUUACAAAAACUGCAGAAUCGUGCUGCUCGCAUUUUGACUUUCUCCUCCUAUGAUGCUGACUCUCGCUACGUGUUACAGCAACUUGUUUGGAAAGACCUGAUCACCCAGCGUCAAAUUCAAGUAGCUUUAAUGGUGUUCAAAGCUCUUAAUGAUCUGGCUUCUGACUAUUUAUCCUCUAUGUUUACUGAGCGCAGUGUGUCAGGCUAUGUCUUAAGGGACUCUACGAACAAAUUAAAUGUCCCUAUACCAAGAACCAACUACCUAAAAAGGAGCUUUAGCUAUAGAGGUGCAACUCUCUGGAACAGUCUGCCCUGCAAUCUUAGGCAAAAGAAAUCUCUAAAUCGUUUUGAGCAAUUGUUAAACUUUAAUGUCUUAUUGGUGCUUAAUUGCUUCCAUGUAACAUAUUCUACACUUUUCACUACAAUCUAACUUCAACCUCUCUUCUCCUUUUGAUUUUCCCUUUAUCUGGUAGCCUCAUGAUCAAACAGUCUAAGCAACUUUCUACUGCCGUUGUCGUGUUUGUUCAGAUAACUUUAAGAAUUUUCUUAUCUUUUUGUGUAGUUUUGACUAUCAAGACUGUUUUCAAAGGGAUUGCAGGAGGUAUCGUCAUUGCUUCUGCCUUUGAACUCCUGAGACGUGGUUCCACAUAUGAGCAGCUCGUCACUGCCGUAAAUGACUGUCUACUUCCCGCUGGUGCUAAACUGAUACAAAUAGCUGAAGGCAGUGUGAAUCUCAAAGUUCAGGCAGAGAAUCGUUUAGCUCUCGACAGUUUAUGGCGAAUGUACAAGAAUGGCACACUGAAAGCCCGCCUGGAAGCCUUGUUUGUUACAGAUGAAAUGAGAGAGGUUGCUGGUGGUGAAGGAGUGGAAGUUAUUGUGACCAUCGACGAACAAGAAUAUGAGAAAGCUCGAAACGAGUUAACUACUCAGGCAAGAGGUGAGAAAAGUGUUCCCGCGAUGAUUCCCCACUUUAAAAAAAGUACACAAUAGUCAGUAAAAUGGGCUUUGGUGAAAAGGUGUUAUCUUUCUUUCUUAGUUCUUUCUGAAUUUUGCGUGUGAUGGCUAAAGCUACAAUCGGCGACAAAAUUGUUGAGGCAUUGUACUCAAAUAGAGUAACUUCAGAGGACAAAAGAAUCCACACCCCUCCUCUCCAUUCAAGGUUGAGGUGUUUGUUGUUUUCUAUAGGUAGCUGGAACAGCGGCACAACAUUGUAUGGAGGGGACAGGGUAAGAAAAGCUUUAUUUUCCCCUUUUGAAGUCAGAGAAAUGUCAGAAAGUCCCUUUAGGGCGAUAGUGUCUCAACUAAUUUUGUCGCCGAUUUUAGUUCCAAGCACACGGUGCCUAUCUCCUUCCAUCCCCGGGCAUUUGUCGGAAAUUGUCCUUUUUUUCCUCUGCAAAUACCCCUCAUUGCAGCCAGUCGAUUUAUACAAAUAUCUUUCCGUGGAACUUAAAAGAUAUGAACAAACGUCCCACCUCUGGGCUCGGGGAACAAAGCAAAAGUUAUGCUCUUUCUUUGAAAAUCACAAAUCUGCGAAUAAAGUCAAUGAAUGAACGAAACAGCAAGAAACUCGCAAGCAACGGAGUGCUUAAUAAAAAUCCAGUAGAGUAUAAAAUAUAUCUUUGCGAGUUUUCCCGAUAUUGCCGGGGUGCACCGCAAAGAAUUGAAGAACGGCUUGACUUUCCAAGAUUUUACCGAGAGACACGUCGCGAAAUUGAACCUUUCUCGAAAGCACCUGUCAUCUAAUAAGAUAAACCUUCCUGUGGCUGAUUUCGUCUUUAAUUCGAAAGAAGAGGACUAGAUCAUUCAUCGUUUUUGGUAUUCUUAUAGUGAACUCUUAUAGUUCUUUACUGACUUUAUGUGACUUCGUUCACCUAUCAUUUCAGUUAUGUAUAAUUGUGUAUAUUUUCACUACCAUUUUGACUUCAGAUGAUCCUGUGGGCAAAGACGAAAAGCGGCCUAAAUACCUAGAUCAGGACAAAUAUGACUACAUUCAGAAUUAUUUAGAACAAGCCAGAGAAGAAACCAAGGAUGGCGAUUCACACAGCGUAACUACAGACACAAGUGACAGUGGAAUGGUGGGAUCAAAUAGUGCAUCAUCUGAAGUUGGAACAGAAGACACCAGCGGUAAGCAUAUACUUUGAAAUACAAAAACAUAAGCCGUUGUUAAUACAAGAUAACAGAGCCUUUCUAACUAGUCUUGUGAAAAUUUUAUAAAGAAAUCAACUCCUUGUAAUUUUUAUAUUGCUCCCCUUGCCUGGGCAACCCGAUCUUACAGUGCUGACUACUAUAUAACCGGGGCCACCUUGACAAAGUUGACCAAUUGGAUGGCAGGAAAAUAACAAUACAUUCCGAGAAAGUUGGUUGUCAAUUGUAAAUACUAUGGAACGAAAUCAACAACAUGGAUUGUACUCAACCAAUUACCACUUAGAGACGUGAUCGUAAACCCGCUGAAGAAAGCCUAUGUUUCCUGAAAGGUUAGAGUGUUGGCGAAGGAGAAAAAUGUAAACGUUAGAUAUGUUUUUGACUUGAGGUCGCAUGUUUAUUGCAAGUGCGUCAAUAGUGGCAAGGAAAUUGCUUGAAGAUGACCAAAUAACAGCUUGUGUCAGACAAAUAUAUCUCCUAGGUGUUAUACGUAAAGUUUCGAAAAGAAAAACAUUGACUGGCGAAACAUUUUGCUUUCUUGAAAAACGUUUGCUAACGAGUAACUUAUCGUUUUCUUACGAGUUGUUGAUUGGCCCAUGCCACCUUCGUUGGAAUGUAUUGUUAUUUUCCUGUAAUCUGAUUGGCCAACUUUGUUUAAUGGCCCCGGUUACAGUACCCUGCGAGCAGAGGCUACAUUUUCGCUGUGUUAGCUAGCGUGCGAAAAGUGGCCUCUGCCGACCACCGUUCAAUUUUCUAUCGUGCAUGCGCGAAAUUCGUCACGCGAUUGAAGCGAUUCGCAAGGAAACAGGUCUGUCGGUCUGCACUCAGGUCUGUCGUCAAAUUGCGGGAGUUUCGCGGGAAUAAAAAACAUUGCGACAACUUCUGGGCUGAGUUUCUCAAAGCAUGGUUAGCUUUAACCAUUGGUUAAGCAGUAUCAAAACCAAUACGUUGUCAAGGUAUUAAACGCUGGUUAACGCUAACCAUGCUUCGAGCAACUGGGCCCUGAUCUGCUGCGCAAGACUCACGCAAGACUCAGGCAAGACUCACGCAAUACUCUAAACCGGUGAAGAACAGGAAAAAGCCAUUUUUUUAAUUUCAUCCGUCCAGAUUUCUGGACGGAUUUGAACGGUUGUUGGCAGAGGCUACUUUUCGCACGCCAGCUGACACAGCGAAAAUGUAGCCUCUGCUCAGAGGGUAAAUACAUACAUAAUUUAAAUACAGGGUACGGUUACAGUAGUCGCACUAUAAAGCGAAAUUUGACAAAAAAAAUACUUUUUAUUUUGACAUGUUGAACGCCUCGAAGGUUUUAUGCAGAUGAGCCACUUCUAGCUAAUCACAGAAGACUUACGUAAGCAUUAAUUUGAGUUAGGAAGAUGGGUUUGGUAGUCAGUAUAAAAUCAAGGUGCGACAACGAUAUUCAGAGAGAGUGCAUUCCUGAUACUGCAAUGUAAAGUUGUGAUGAAUAAGCCUAGUUAAAGGUUAAAGAGAGGAAAGUUAACAAAAGUAAGACUUGGUGUUUUGUUUAAGGGGAACCGCUAGUUCCCGUCAAGUUUCCUCCGAGAAUAAGCGUGAUUAAAUCCCGUUUUUUAUUUCCUGUAUUUACAGUAUGUCUUAUGACGUCAGAUAUAAGCCUGUCAAUUUCGUGAUCAGCAGAAAGGGUGUGCCAAAGAAAUUUAGACAUAUAAAAGAUCUCAUUAUUUUUGUUUUUUAAAAACGCCGUACAUAACCGUGCAUAACCUUAUAUAGCCCUAUAUAGACAUACAUGGCCCUACAUAGCCGUAUGUAGCCCUACAUAACCCUGCAUAGCCCUACAUAGCCCUACAAAGUCCUACAUAGCCAUACAUAACCUUACAUAGCCAUACAUAGCCCUACAUAACUCUACAUGGCCAUAUACAGCCCUACAUAACCCUACGUAGACAUACAUAGCCCUACAUAGCCAUACUUAGCCACACAUAGCAAUACUAACCCUACAUAGCCCUACUAGCCCUACAUAGUCCUACUAACCCUACAUAGCUCUGCAUAACCCUACUAGCCCUACAUAACCCUACUAGCCCUACAUAGCUCUACAUAACCCUACUAACCCUUCAUAGCCCUACUAGCCCUACAUAGCCCUACUAACCCUACAUAGCCCUACUAGCCCUACAUAACCCUACUAACCCUUCAUAGCCCUACUAGCCCUACAUAGCCCUACUAACCCUACAUAGCUCUACACAACCCUACUAGCCCUACAUAGCCCUGCUAGCCCCACAUAGCCCUGCUAACCCUACAUAGCUCUACAUAACCCUACAUAGCGCUACUAGCCCUGCAUAGCCCUACAUAACCCUAAUUAGUAUAUACACACUCAGUGAUCUUGGUGAUUUAAGCAAUAAUCUGAUUGGUUCGCUAUCUCGGACUAUUCAACAAUAUUCACCUCCUAGCGAGUGGAUAAUGUGUGAGCUCGGUUUUUUUCUCAUUUUCUUAGAGAAAGAUCUUUUAAAAGUCGACAAAAUCUUAAGGUUGACUUUUUUCAGGCAAGAAAAGACUUCGAAGGAUUCAAAACGGCGUUUUUCCAUUUAGUGUUGUUGAGUUUUGUGGUCGAUGGAUUGUUUUCAACUCCCGUUUAUUCACCUAGAAGAGGCCGUUUCGUGAACUCAGCGUUUCCUAACAAGAAAAAUUUGGCCCAAAAACGAAGUUUAUUUAUGACAAACAAAUUUGGAAGCAAAUGUUUGCAGAAAUUCUACGUUUCAAGUAAACACGAGAAAGAAUGCUACAUGAAGACGACGUCUUACCUCCAGGAACCGAAUCGCCAUCAUUGUCAGCACUUCAUGCGAAGAACGACACAACAAACCUUUUCGGCCAUAAACUUGGCGAGUCAACAGAAAACAACAAAGCUCUUCUUUUCUUCUCAGGUAAGGAAACAAUUCAAACUUUUAGCGGUUCCAUUGAAGUCAUUACACUGUUGUUUGCGAAGUGAUAAGCUUGUGGAUUGCCAUGUUUGAAAAUUCUACAAAGAUCUAUUUUUAAACUGUCGCGCGUCUAGCUGACCUGAUCUGUCAGUCAAAUCGUACCUUUUAAUGGUUUCCUCUCUGAUUUUGUUGAGAUCACUUCGUGUGUAUAUACUAAAACAAUUAUUCUUUUCAAUCUCGGUGAAUAGUGGCUUUAGGAAUAUUUACCUCGCCACUUCGUGGCUCGGUAAACGUUUUGCCACUAUUCACCUCGAUUUUAAAGAACAAUUGUUAAAUAGCCCUACAUAGCCAUACAUAGCCAUACAUAACCCUACAUAGCCAUACAUAGCCCUACAUCGCCCUAUAUCGCCCUACAUAGCCCUACAUAACCCUACAUAACCCUACUAACCCUACAUAGCUCUACAUAACCCUACUAACCCUACAUAGCCCUACUAGCCCUACAUAGCCCUACUAACCCUACAUAGCUCUACAUAACCCUACAUCGCCCUAUAUCGCCCUACAUAGCCCUACAUAGCCCUACACAGCCUUACAUAACCAUACAUAGUCCCACAUAGCUACACAUACCCCUACAUAGCCAUGCAUAUCCCUACAUAGCCAUACAUAGCCCUGCAAAGGCAUACAUAGUCAUAAAUAGCUCUUUAUAGCCCUACAUAACUCUACAUGGCCAUUUAUAGCCCUACAUAACCCUACAUAGUCAUACAUAGACAUACAUAGCCAUACAUAGCCCUACAUAGCCAUACAUAACUCUACAUAACCCUACUAACCCUACAUAGCCCUACUAGCCCUACAUAGCCCUACUAACCCUACAUAGCUCUACAUAACCCUACUAGCCCUACGUAGCCCUACUAGCCCUAUAGAGCCCUGCAUAACCCUACUAACCCUACAUAGCUCUACUAGCCCUACAUAGCCCUACUAACCCUGCAUAGCUCUACUAAUCCUCCAUAGCCCUACAUAGCCCUACUAACCCUACAUAGCUCUACAUAACCCUACUAGCCUUACAUCGCCUUACUUGCUCUACAGAGCCCUAAAUAGCCCUACAUAGCCCCACAUAGCUCUACAUAGCCAUACAUAGCCCUACAUAACCCUACAUAGCCAUACAUAGCCCUACAUAGCCCUAUAUAGCCCUACAUAGCCCUGCAUAGCCCUACACAGCCCUACAUAGCCAUACAUAGCCCUACAAAGCUACACAUAGCCCUACAUAGCCAUACAUAUCCCUACAUAGCCAUACAUAGCCCUACAUAGGUAUACAUAGUCAUAAAUACUCUGCAUAGCCCUACAUAGCCGUGCACAGCCCUACAUAGCCCUACAUAGUCCCACAUAGACAUAAAUAGCCAUAGUAGCCCUACAUAACCAUACUUAGCCAUACAUAGCCAUACAUAGCCUUACAUAGCCCUACAUAACCCUAUAUAACCCUACAUAGCCCUACAUAGCCAUAAAUAGCCCUACAUAACCCUACAAAGCCCUACAUAGCCCCACAUAGCCAUAGAUAGCCCCACAUAGCCAUACAUAACCUUACGUAGCCAUACAUAGCCACAGAUAACCCUACAUAGCCAUACAUAGCCGUACAUAGUCCUAGGUAGCCCGAUAUAGCCCUACACAGUCCUACAUAUCCCUAAAGAUCCCCACAUAGCCCUACUAGCCGUUCAUAACCCUACAUAGCCCCACAUGGCCAUUAUAACCCUACAUAGCUGUACACAGCCCUACAUAGCCAUACAUAGCCCUACAUAGCCGUGCACAGCCGUACACAGCCCUGCAGAGCCAUACAUAGCCAGACAUUGCCCUACAUAGUCAAACAUAGCCCUACAUAGCCAUAUAUAGCCCUACAUAGCCCUAUAUAACCGUACACAUCAUCUGCAGGAGCUUGACAUGGCAAACCGAGUGAAAAGCUUUUUUGAAAUGCAGACCAAGCAGGCAUAAAUCUUUUCCUUGUGAUUAUGAACGUUACUAGCUUAUCUUUCAAGGUUCGGAAUGUAAAGACGUGGUCUGCUGUGCGGUUAUUUGGUAAAAAGAAAAAAGCCAACUUGAGAUUCAAUUGUGAAAUGUAUUUAAAGACAUGACAUGUUUGAGGAGUCGUUGGUUUAAGAUAGAACAAAAUUGAACAGUUUUCCCAGGUAGAUGGAGACAGAUAUACCUCGGAAAUUUGCCGGGUCAUUACUCCCGCCCGAUAUUAUAGAUGGGAGUAAUAAGACCACCACAUGACGACUGAGGCAUGGUACCUGUGGUAGGAAUUGAAUCAAAUAAUUUGUCAUUUACAGGCAUCAAAGUGUCAAGACUAGCUUUCACCAUUUCACUUCUAAUUGUAUCUGAAAAUGGUGAUUUAUUAUUCUUUAAUUUACGUAUUUCGUUUUUAAUAAUCCAGAAGUCUAGGGGACGAGAGUGUUCACCAUGACGUUCAUUUGUUUGCAGCUUAUUGUAAAUGUUUUACUGGGCUGGGUUAAAAGAGUCAUUUGAAUGAAGAGUUUGGAAAUAUUGUAGCCAAUUUUCUUCUGAGAUUGAUAGGGCAUCCUCUCUGGUACGUAACCCUAUAUACCCCGACAGAUUCCAGGUAUUAUGGAAUUUACAUACUGGGGGAUUUGAAUUGUUUUAAAUCCGUUAGAGGAUUACACUACCCAUUUAUUGGACUUGAUGGUUGAAUAUCAAUUGGCACAAUCAAUCAAAGAACUUACCGAGUUAAUGCCAAAUCGUAUACUCGUAUUGAUGUAUUUAUUACAUAGUUAUACACCCUAGGGGUGACACUCACAUAAAAGUGAAGGGGAUGCUCAUCGUUUCCCUUAGUGAUGUAAAUUGCCGAUUUUGGUGCCACUCAGUAAAGUUACUUUCGACACUAUUUGCCCGUUAAGGUAUCGCUUAGGGCCGUACAUAAAUAUAUUUAAAAAAAAAUUUGCGUGACACUGACCUUACAGAAAUAUAUUAAAAGAGAACAUGACAUCCCUGGCAUUUAUUUAGGUCCCUAGCUAGCUUUUCUAUAGAUGUCUGUUUUAGUAUGGGGUCCCACGCCCUCGCUGGUCUCCUUAGGGGUUUAGUAAUUUUAAUUUUCCCACGAGCACCGGGGCCUCACAUAGUCAUACACAUCGUCAGUUCUUGAUUGCCAAAACGGCCGCAUAAAGAUCGGUCAAGCUAGGUUGUGAUAUUAUUGCGGACACCAAUGGAUGUAACGAAAUAAAGCAACUAGUGAUUCUACCUCGCUCUGCAAUAGACCUUUCCUUGUUCAUUUUUUCCCACCUUUUUAAUGGAGGGACAAGUCCGCCAACUCCACUGGGAAGUGCGCCUUUGAAUUAGUUAAAUUACCAGGUUUGAAAAUGAUUUUUGUAAACUAACCAAGAUAUAGCUUCUCAAAGUGGCAAAAUGUUUCAAAAUUUUAUUGGCGAAAUUAGCGAAAUUUUCUAUGGGGGGCGCGGGGGGGCACAAAUUUACCCCCCACCAUACAAACGUCGACACCGUCACUUUCAAAUUUGGCAGUCUCCCAAACUUUGAGGCUUCUUUCUAGUGGUAUUGACAGAUUUUUUCCUUACUGGUCCAUGUCAAAAGUUUAAAAAACCGUCGAAAGGUCUAUCCAUACACGUUCCACUCGGGAUGCGAAUUUUGACAAAUACAUAAAGCCUUUACGUGAGAUCCCCGCUUUGCGUGGUGUAACCGGUAGAAAAAGUGGACGGCGGGAGUUGUAUCCGGGUGUUUUCGCUUAAUAUAAAUGGGCCUAUGUCUGAAGCCUCCCCUGCAGAUGAUCUUAGGAGGUUCGUCACGCGUUCCUGGGGCAGGAACGCGUGACGCACCCCUAAGAACGUUUGCGGGGACGCUACUAUAUCUGGGGCUGAGAGGGGGUAUUUCCACUCACUCGGAAUUGAAAGGCGUGUGCCGCCAGGGGUCGUCUUUGUAACGUUUGGGUUUGGAUUACUUUUACAGCGUACUUGUUACUCGCUGAAAUGGAAAAUUAGUUUGUGGAUAGUUAUUUAUAAAAUUCGUAUUUGAAAGACGAACCACAUACUUUACUUCUAGAGCGGAGUCAAGAGGUAUUUUGGGGUGGCAGAAAAACAAAUCCAGACUUGGUUUAUCAAGGCUGUGCUCCAGCAGAGCCCGGUGGCCCGUGGCACCCAACUUUUGUUCUCGGGCGACAAGAAAAUCUUAGCUUUUUCAUAGAAAUCAUAUGCUGGGCACUCUGGAUUUCACAAUGGGCUCUCUUCAAUUUUUCUUAGAGCACAGCCUUGUUUAUUUGUAAGGUGCUCCCAAUGAGUGUUUUCGGCUAACUUCCUUCCCUAUGAUAUAAUUUGGGCGGAAGGGUUUCUCACACGAUUCUUGAGUUCAGAUGGUAGAGAAAGCGCAAAGGGAACAGAGCAGGAAAGAACGGCGAGAAUGAACACCUACAAGAGUCUUGAGACUACGAACCUGAGAAUACUGGGUAAUCACUAUUAUAAAUACAAACUUCGUUUACAGCAUUUUGAUUAACCAACUUGGCUUUGAAAAACAACUUUAUAAUGGGUUUAUACAUCAAUCUAACUACUAAUUUAUAAAAUAAUCCUUAAAAAAAUCGUUUUGCGUAUUGAUCGAUCCUGGGUGACAAAAUAUUGCCACAAUCGUGCUAUAGUUUCGCAAAACAUUAUAAAUGCAAAACAUAUGUACGUUUCUUCCUUGAAACGUACGCUAUACGGUCAGAAACAUUGUUUAUAUGAUGGCUAUGAAGAAUCUUACAAGGUGUAACACUUGCCUUAUAUCUAUAAUUUGCAUUACCGUAAUUGGUUAGCGCAUUAAGCCGAAAAAAAAAACUUUCAAAUGGCAUUAGGCAUCACUCAAAUGAUGAUUAUAAAGCAAACAAAAUGUUCUUGGUAAGUUGAUUGCCGAUUGAUACUCUUAGUUUUUCAAAAAUGGUGAACCUUUACAACUCUCUUAACAAGUUCAAAAUGUUGUGGACCACAGAUAGGUUUUAAGUUUAUUGAACUAUAUGUAUGGCUAUGUAGGGUUAUGUAGGGCUAUUUAUGGCAUGAUGUAGAGCUAUGUAGGAUUAUGUAGGGUUAUGUAUGACUAUGUAGAGCUAUGUAGAGCUAUGUGUUGCUAUGUAGGGCGAUGUAUGGCUAUGUACGGCAAUGUACGGCUAUGUAGGCUACGUAGCACUAUGUAGGGUUAUGUAGGGCUAUGUAUGGCCAUGUAGGGCUAUGUACAGCUACUAGGGCUAUGUAGGGCUAUGUAGGGCUAUGCAGAGCUAUGUAUGGUUGUGUAGGGCGAUGAAUGGCUAUGUAGGGUUAUGUAGAGCUAUGUAGGGUUAUGUAGGGCUAUGUAUGGCUAUCUAGGGCUAUGCACAGCUACUAGGGCUAUUUAAGCCUAUGUAGAGCUGUGUAUAGUCUGCUACACAGCCGUUUUUGGUGUCGUCACGCAACGCUCCUCCCCACUAACGGCUGCUGAAAACCGAACUGCAUUCCUUUCCCUUUGUGUUUGUGGUCUAACGAACAAACCAAUCACGUACAAGAAAUUUGACAAAUACGUGAGCCGCAGGGCGCUAGGAAGCGAGCACGCUUCUCAGUUUUCGACAAAUCAAUCAAUCGUCGCUGAAAAUAGACGGGCUCUGUGUUUUCAAGCAACGAAAAGGUUAAUUUGCAAAAAAGUUUGUUUUAGGCGGUCAAGAAAGUUCCAAGUGAAAAAAUGGUUUGAUAGGCCUAGAAAACUUUUACCAAGAUCGGUUGGUUCUUCAUUUAACGUGCAUAUAUGCUGAUAUGUAGUGAAGAAUUUAAUGUACCGGAUGUGCUCAUUGUGUUCUGUGAAGACUAAACUCUCAAGGGUACUGAUUCAAAAAGCAAUCUUAUAAAUUAUCGAUGAGCGAUUUCCCGAAGCUAUACCUUUAAGCAACUUUAUGAGCACAUCCAUGUUGUGAAUCGCAAUUUGCUCGACUUGCUUGCUGUUGCUGCUUAUCUCCUAAAUUUUGAAUAGGACUCGACUACGACAACACUGUAGUUAAUUGCUUGUUUUCACGCGAUGAUUUUGAUUAUUCUGUCAUUCACACAUGGGGCAACGAUAAAAGCAAAGCUGUGAUUGGAGGAGUCACAGCACCGCAAAGAUGGCGCGAACACCUUCCAGAAAAUGGGAGCUGAAUUAUAAUUGGCUAAUCACGGGAAAGGAAUGUAGUUCGAUUUUCAGCAGCCGUUAGUGGGGAGGAGCGUUGCGUGACGACACUAAAAACGGCUGUGUAGCAGACUAAGCUGUGUAUGGCUAUAUAGGGCUACGUAGGGCUAUGUAUGGCCAUGUGGGGCUAUGUAGAGCAAAGUAGGGCUAUGUAUGGCUAUGUAGAGCAAUGUAGGGCUAUGUAUGGCUAUGUAGGGUUAUGUAUGGCUAUGUAGGGCUAUGUAGAGCAAUGUAGGGCUAUGUAGAGCAAUGUAGGGUUAUGUAUGGCUAUGUAGGGCUAUGUGGAGCAAUGUAGGGCUAUGUAUGGCUAUGUAGGGCUAUGUAGAGCAAUGUAGGGCUAUGUAUGGCUAUGUAGGGCUAUGUAUGGCUAUGUAGGGCUAUGUGGAGCAAUGUAGGGCUAUGUAUGGCUAUGUAGGGCUAUGUAUGGCUAUGUAGGGCUAUGUAGAGCAAUGUAGGGCUAUGUAGGGCUAUGUAUGACUAUGUAGGGUUAUGUAUGGCUAUGUAGGGUUAUGUAUGGCUAUGUAGGGCUAUGUAGAGCAAUGUAGGGCUAUGUAGAGCAAUGUAGGGUUAUGUAUGGCUAUGUAGGGCUAUGUGGAGCAAUGUAGGGCUAUGUAUGGCUAUGUAGGGCUAUGUAGAGCAAUGUAGGGCUAUGUAUGGCUAUGUAGGGCUAUGUAUGGCUAUGUAGGGCUAUGUGGAGCAAUGUAGGGCUAUGUAUGGCUAUGUAGGGCUAUGUAUGGCUAUGUAGGGCUAUGUAGGGCAAUGUAGGGCUAUGUAGGGCUAUGUAUGGCUAUGUAGGGUUAUGUAUGGCUAUGUAGGGUUAUGUAUGGCUAUGUAGGGCUAUGUAGAGCAAUGUAGGGCUAUGUAUGGCUAUGUAGGGCUAUGUAGAGCAAUGUAGGGCUAUGUAUGACUAUGUAGGGUUAUGUAUGGCUAUGUAGGGCUAUGUAGAGCAAUGUAGGGCUAUGUAGGGCUAUGUAUGACUAUGUAGUGUUAUGUAUGGCUAUGUAGGGCUAUGUAUGGCUAUGUAGGGCUAUGUAGAGCAAUGUAGGGCUAUUUAUGGCUAUGUAGGGCUAUGUAGAGCAAUGUAGGGCUAUGUAUGGCUAUGUAGGGUUAUGUAGAGGAAUGUAGGGUUAUGUAUGGCUAUGUAGGGCUAUAUAGAGCUAUGUAGGGCUAUGUAAAGCAAUGUAGGGCUAUUUAUGGCUAUGCAGGGCUAUGCAGAGCAAUGUACGGCUAUGCAGGGUUAUGUAGGGCUAUGUUGAGCAAUGUGGGGCUGUGUAGCAUAGUGCUACUGUAGUCAUACCGCAUAUUAACUAACGUGAAACCACUAUAUAUAUAUGAUGCUUACACCACGUACUUACCCCGAGGCUCUGUGCCACACACUCGCACUAUCGUUUUUGUUAUAUCAUAUAUCAGAUAUGAUCACUGACAUUUCAAAGGGAAAGAAUUUGCUAGUGGUCUCACCAGUUUGCUAGUGGAAAAAACUCUUACUAGCAAAACUUUGGAAGUGCACUAAAAAGUUAACGUCGAGCCCUGCCUUCUACAAUUGCCUGUUUCUCGGCGGGUUCAGGAUAUGCAGGGAUGUUUAGUGCAGCAGACAUUCUUCAAAUAGCAGCUGUCAUCCGCUAAUCCUUCGAGUUGUAUUGUUAAUGUUCUUGCAAUUGCUUCAGUUUUAGGCAGUAGUUCGAAUAUUUCUUCGCAAAACGUGUAAAAAAUUCUGUCAUUUUCUACGGCACUUCUGAAACAACGCAACCUCGUCCCAGGGCUUCUCGGUUGCCGUCCCUUUUCCUGGCGAUAAUCCUGUAGUAUUGACGUCAUUUUCGGAUAUCACAAACGUCAUCCAAAGCUGUUAGCCGUAGGAUUUGAGCCAAUAUUUUGAAUGAAUAAUGAUAGCUAAUAUACGCAACCUCAGUGUCUGCUCUAUAAAAUAAACAUUUCUUACUGAAUGAUAGUAAUCCAAAGUUAACUUGCCUUUCGCUUUUAUUUAUAGAUUCCACUUCCAAACUAUGCUUGAAAGAUGUAAGUGACCAAGUCACAACAGAAUUCACCUCCAGGCUCAAAAGUGACACAGUUGCUUUGGAGAGGUUCUACCGAUCCUUUGGUCUUGAUCCUAGCAAAUUACGUACUAGGGGAUUGUCCGACAUGAAAGAGUUAUUUCCUGACACUCCUGUCAAGAUGUUGAAAGAUGUUUGUGAGGCACUGCAGCUGUUCGACCUUGUUGAGUUGUUGGACAAAGUAACAAAACCAAGAACACUUCGACCUGCUCUUCCCCUGAAGGAAAUAGAAAAUUUUUCUAGAACCAAUAACCGUCCCAUCAAGAUUUUCACGAAAGCGGAGGUGUUGAUCAUCAAUUGCUCUGGAGAAGACGGAGCAGAUUGUGGUGCUGAGAAUUUUGGUUCCUUUUUUAAAGUUUUGAACACGGAUAACCAAGUAACUACAUUGACAGCAAAGUCCUCCUGGAAUUUGAGUGAGCAACUGGCGAAGUUGACGGAAAGUAGAAUGACUAAAGAUUACGUAAUCGAGGAAGCAAAAAUUAAGGAAGAAAGGUUAAAAUACACUCUGGAAAAUAAAAUUCCAGAUAGAUACCGGUCUCCUCUAGAUCAAUGGUUUAUAGAAAAAGUAACCCUGGAACACGAUGAGCAAGUCUUGAGCAAAGGGGAGGCAGAAAUGAAAAAGGAACUAGGAGAUAUAAUGGAAAAAUCAAAGCGGUUGACAAAAGAAAUAAUUGCAAUAAACGAGGAGAUAAAAGAGAAAAAGGAGGAACUGAAGAGAGAGAAUGAGAAAUUCAAAAUAACUGUUUCAACCCAAAUCGACAAAUGGAUAAAACAGGCACAUUACGAAGGUAGGUUAACGCUAAUAGUUGACAUGGCCCUCUUGACCAGGAAAUUGAAGAACAUAAAACCCAGCUAUUUUUUCUCCGACUUUUUUUUCUUCUUUUUGCUGUGCUAUAGAUAUAGAGGCCGUACAACUAUGGGUAGCAAAAUAUUCAAACUGAAUGCUUAAUCGGUUGUUGAGGCCGUUUGGAGCUCUGUCGUCUCUAUGCCUCUUCUUGGGUGUGUCAGAUAUAUUGUUAAGAAUUGAACAGCUAUCUAAACAUAAAAUUGAAGAACUAAAGGAAGCACAGAAAGAGUCGCGGUUAAUUCAGUUGCUUUUUAAAAUGCUUUGCGAAAGUCAUAAGAAUAAGGCCUGAAAACGCGCGCGGCUCGAGGUUUGCUAGGGGUCUAGUGCCCAGCGUAGGUGAGGUUUUUGAAGUCUAGAACAUAAUUGAAAACUUUUUUGUUAAGUACUUUUUCAACAUUUUUUUCCUUCUGACUCUUUAUUAGUAAUUUCGCCUGCGGAAGUACAUUGCCACCAAAGGGAUAAUGGUUAAGGCGUAAUACCUCUGUAAUGCCAUUUUUAAAAAGCCUGAUGUUGUAGGUGGGUUACACUAGCCAUUUUACAUAUCGUUAAAUGGCUGUUGCCAACGGAGAAGCAACUUUUUGUGUGUGAUCGAUUUUCCCAAGGUGAAAUUGCCUCGGUGAAAUUUCCAUGGAUACGUCAAAAGGAACAAAAGAAUUAUGCACUAGUCAAUGUAAUUCCCUCCUUACCUGGCGGAAAAAUAGGUUAGAGAAAGUGAGUAAAUAUUCUCGCCCGUGCCAAUGUCUUCGUUUGUCCCCGCCUAUACCAGGGAAAUGGGGGAACUGCAGGGGGAACAGACUACACACCUUCACUGUCGUAACCCGUUAAAUACCUUUUGCAUAAGACCUCCUUCAGAGCGGAGUUUUUCAAAAUCAUUUUCUAUAACCUCUGCGAUCCAUGGUAUCUCUGCAGCCUCUGCAGUUGUGAUUCACGCGAUCUCAGAACACAAUGUUCAGCUAAACACUGCAUGUAGUGUGUGGUUUUUUUUUUGUAUUCAUCACACUCUUUUUGUGUGGAUCCGCUGGCACAGCAGGGCACUCUGUCUGGCAAAAAUAUGACGUAGAACUGUUAAGGGUAACAGGCUGCACAUCUAUAACGGCCUGAAUCCGUCUCUAUUAACCUUUUAUGUUUUGGCACUUGUUGUUAGAGCUUUGAGCUGUGUGUUUUUUUUCGAGAGAGAGACUUUCGAAAGACUUCAAUCUUCCGGCAGUAAAAUUCUCCGGUCUGAAUACCGCAAUAUCAAGUCAAAUCCAAGACCCCAUACCCCAUUUAGCUGGGCACUGUUGAUCGUCACACAUUGCUCUUGUUCCCCCCUAAAGUCCCCGCAUUGCCCGGGGUGGGGUGGGAUUUGCAUUGACUGGCACAUUGUCUAUGACAGUCCCCAAGGUGAAUUCCAUGAGUUGGUAAGAGCCUAAAGCAUUCAACCAAUCACGACAAAGUGAAAUGUACCAUACAGUAGAAAUCACGUGUUGUGUACAUACUUAGUCCGUUUGGCACCAAAUCGUACGGGCAAUUGGACUCAAAGAGUUCGAAAACUCAGCGACGACGAGUUUGAGCGUUGCUGCGAAUUAAUCAGUGUUUUUAUGUUCACGAAUAAAUUCAAAGUUUUCUAGGACACCUUGAACAGGUUGGUGUUGAAAAACUAGCGAGUGCUCCAGAAUUCAGUCCUUAUGAAGUCACUGAAACCAUUAUUAAAAACCCGUACUUUUGACUUUUGAGCUCGGAUGAAGUCAACGUCCUCGUUUUUAGUCUCGAAAUUAAGGUGACUCGACCUAGUUAUUUUGUGGGGGUACCAUCCUACUUUGAAGCUCUCUGGUAUCCCCACCUUUGCUAUGAUCGUAAGUCUAACAUAUAGCAUGGAUAAAAUAUAGAUCAAUCUACAAUAUAGCAUAAAAUGUUUGGCGAUCGGAGUAAAUGUCACGGGGAUACAGUGCCACGCCUCUUUGGGGUGUGAGUCGAAAUUCAGCUGUUGCCGGCAUUUUUUCGUGAACAUCUCUCGGCUACAUAUAGUGCGCAUUAGUGCCAUGCGUUGGACAGAGUUUCACUAAAAUCGCAAAAACCCAAUGCGAGAAAUUCAGCGGUUUCCAAAUUUAGGUCAUAAUUUAUGUAAAAAUGAUAAGCUAACUUAACACGAUUAUAUCUAAUAAACUAUGAGAUUUAUCCCUUUAUUUUGGGGAUCUUUAUAACAGAUGGGUCCUUGCAAGUCAGCAAAGAGUUUAAGAGUCCUUCUCACGAAAAAAGCAUUAUCUUAAAAAUCCGUAGUUUUUUUUUCCUUCAAAUGUUUUCAGGGCCACAAUUGAUUAACUAACUACCCGGCUUCUGAAUUCUGAAAACUCCCAAGCCCAAACUCAGCCAAAAUGCUAAAAAUCUUCAAUGUUUGCUCAAGUUUGGGCUUAUAGAAGAUAAUGUCACAGUUUUUCAACGACCAUGAAAUUCAGAAGCCGGGUAGUUAGUUAAUCAAUUGUGGCCCUGAAAACAUUUGAAGGAAAAAAAAUCUACGGAUUUUUAAGAUAAUGCUUUUUUCGUGAGAAGGACUCUUAAACUCUUUGCUGACUUGCAAGGACCCAUCUGUUAUAAAGAUCCCCAAAAUAAAGGGAUAAAUCUCAUAGUUUAUUAGAUAUAAUCGUGUUAAGUUAGCUUAUCAUUUUCACAUAAAUUAUGACCUAAAUUUGGAAACCGCUGAAUUUCUCGCAUUGGGUCUUCGCGAUUUUAGUGAAACUCUGUUCAACACGAGGCACUAAUGCGCACUAUAGGUAGCCGAGAGAUUUUCACGAAAAAAUGCGGCGACAGCAGAAUUUCGACUCAGACCCCAAAGUGGCGUUGCACUAUAACCACGUGACAUUUAUUGCUAUUAAAAGGGUAAAAUUAAAAAUUGUCGAAACCGUUUACGAUUUGUGUCAGCCUUCGAUGUUUACAGCGACGUUUUCCGGUGAAACCACGUUCAAGUUUUUUCUUCCCUUGGGCAACAGGUUAUCGCUUUGUAACCGCAAAAAUGAAAGUGAUUAAAACCCAAAGCAAACCCAACUCAAGCUAUUUCCGCAUGAUAAGAAGCUUUGGGGAAAAAGUCUAAUGUAUCCGUACCUAAGGCCAUUUUAAUUUUAGCACAGGGUUUUAGAAUCUCACUUUUGUCCCCAGGAGAGUACACUCAUAACUAUCAUUGGUGAAAAUAGUCUUUAAUCCUCGUAGUUUUGAAAGUGUCAGUGGUUUUGUUUUCGCUUUUCAGGCACAUCGACUCUCUUUGUCAUACUUGUUGUGAAUAGAUUCGAUCGUGGGUACUCUCAUGUUGGCUUUCUGGAAAGCAAGACAUCGAUAGCGGAAUGUUUGAAGGAGAAGUUGCCUCUCAUUCCAAACACGAAGUUAGUGAUAAUCAGUGGCUUGUCAAAGAUCUGGAAAAUGAAAGAAAUUCCUCCCGAAACUCUUCAGGUGUAUUUGCAAAGGCGGAAUGGACUAGGUGCGUUGCUAGAGCAUCUGAACAAGCGCUACAAGUCAUUGGACCUAAUUGCAGUAAUGAUGGAAUUGAGAAGGACUGUUUUAAUACCUUACGACCGUCCUUUUUCUGUUUAUGAAAUUGAAUUUGACGAUGACGACUGGUAUCAUCGACAUAAAAACAUCGUUCAAAUUCACGAAAACUUGUCUUCUCUUCCAAGACUUCAGAAAAUGGAACAAAUGUUGGAGAAAAGUGAUCCUUAAAGUACAGUUCAAUUGAAGUUAAAUGUUAUCAGCGGACACCAUCAAAGGUCCCGUGACAAGGGGCCCGCUUAAUCCUGCUUUAACUAUGUUUUUCUCUUGAUUCUUAUAGCUUAUUAGGCAUGUAAAAAAAGAAAAUUAAUGACUUGGUAUGGCGAAAACAUGUUUUCAAAUGAUACACAAUAGGUUGGUUACUUGGGAACUGCUCGUGACGUCAUUUGUGUAGAAAAACAGGGUCAAAAACAUAUCACUAGCUAUCUGUUCAAAUAGGGCAAACGUUUUAACGCUACACAUGUAAGGGUUGAUUUCCGGUGUCGCGUAAUUUUACGUCCGUACGUGCGGGAAAUUUACGUUCGCAAAUAAAAUAGAGGCAAUACAUGAAAGGUCGCUCGUAAGCGUAAACGUUGAACCACGCUUAACUUCUCGUUUAAGCUCAGCAUUUUUUAUCUUGCCUCUAUUUUAUUUACGUGAUUAAAAUUUACGUCCGCUAACGUGCGUAGCCAAAAACGCAUCAGUGGAAAUCAACCUUAAGUGUAAUAACUCUGUUGAUCUCAGUAUCGGCU